GUGACCUCGUUUUCUAUGUCCCAGCUAUCACCAGAAUUACUUAUAAGCCCCUGCGCAAGCAUAUCUCUGGAAACAUUGAGGAUGCCAUCUGUAUCCCCCUCUCCAAGUCUUUCUGUGCAGUCGACUUCGACCUCUUUCAGCAGUUUACUGGCGGACCCUGAGCCUCAGUUUGGUCUUUCUGCUGACGUCCCAUCUCGUGUAAAUGGAGAAAGCACCUUUCUUGGUGUGAAAGGUCUGCGUCAUGUAAAUGCGAAACUAGAUGCAAGACUAUAUAAAUCCUCUAACUUUGCCACUCAACUACUUGCGAUACUCGUUGCACUGGGCAUCCCUUCAUGGUCAAAGAUUGAAAUACCAGCAUCGGCUGUAAAAAUCUUCAAGGUGUCCGGCUCUCUGACAAAUGCUGUGUAUUUCGUCUCUUGUCCAUCAGAGCCAUCCGUUCGCACUCUUCUGCUACGGAUAUACGGCCCUUCCUCGGGUUCGCUCAUCUCUCGUCCUCGAGAACUUCAUACCCUUCAUGUCUUAUCGUCUGAAUACCGCAUUGGUGCUCGUGUAUACGGUACUUUUCAGAACGGCCGGGUGGAGGAAUAUCUCGACUCUGUGACACUUACUCCGCCGGACCUGCGAAAUAAGCAAAUUAGCUGUUGGAUUGGUGCUCGCAUGGCAGAGUUGCAUUCAGUGGAUAUUGCUGCUGUGUAUAAACCCCCAUCUAUAAAUCAUGUAGGAGGAAGCAGCAGACAUAUAGGUGCAAAGGAUAAUGUAAACUCAUGGGUGUUAUCUGCUCGUGGUGUUCUGGCGUUGCCGGCUGUCUCUCCAAUCGACCGUAAAGCACUCGACAUGGAUUUGUUUUACGAGCGAUGGUCUCAGUACAUCAAGUGGAUAGAACAGACGGAAAAGAUAGAAGGCAAGAGCAAGCGAGUUUUCGCGCACAACGACACUCAGUAUGGUAACCUUCUGAAACUGACCAAGAAGCUUAAGGAAGGAACUCCAGAGCAUUGGCAGAUUGCCGUCGUAGAUUUCGAGUACGCUUCUCCGAAUCCUCUUGCGUUCGACAUCGCGAAUCACUUCCAUGAGUGGACGGCAGACUAUCACUCAUCCACUCCACACAUUCUUGAUCCAUCCCGUUAUCCGACUCUAGAAGAGCGGCGCAACUUCUACUGUGCAUACUUAUCGCACUCUCUGCCAUCCAGUUCUUCUUGUCCACCUGUGCCCACACCAAUAGUAAGCGAAGAAGCCAUCAUGACAUUGGAUCGUCAAGUUCAGAUAUGGAGCGCUGCAUCACACGGUAUGUGGGCUAUCUGGGGCAUCGUGCAGGCAAGAGAUGAUCUAGUGGAAGGUAAUAACGAACCUGAAUUUGACUAUAUCAGUUAUUCACGGUGUCGAAUGGAGCUCUUUUAUAAAGGGAUUGAGGUUCUAGGGAUUUAGUCUGACGAUUUUAUGAUUAGCUUACAAUGGAUUUUAGAUAUGUACAACGUACCGGUAUGAAAAUCAGUUUCAUAUAUAAUACCAUCUACUUUA